AUGAAGCAAAUGAUUGGAAAUGAAGAAAGACAUUAUUCUACCCUAGAAGUGAAUGUAACAGAUGAAGCCAAGGAUUAUGCAGGCUAUCAUUGCAUGCUCAUAACUCUCGCCAAAACUAUUAAAGGAGGUAGCACCAUGAUUAAACCUUCAGAUAGAGGUCAGGGAAGAUAUUGUACACUUUACUUCUGGAACAACGUCCCCUCAGGCGAUGACGGCUCAUCCCUAAGAAACCCCCCUCUGACAGGUGAUGUAACAAUUGAAAUUGAGUUUGCGGCUGCUGUCAACCAGAAUUUAACAGUCAUUGUCUUUGGAGAGUUUGAACAAGUGAUUGAAGUGGAUCAUCGCGGAGGUGUGAUUUAA